UUAUCAUCACAGAGACGCUUAAAGUAAUAAAUUUAAAAUACAUGCAGAUGAAACAUUCUAACAACCAAGACAACGGUGUCGGCAGAAUUUGUUCAUCAGAUUGGUCCGUUUAUAACACGAAACAAAAGGUGCAAUGACGAACUCGGAUUUGUGGGGUUUGCCGGUACUGAUAGGAGUGGGUGUGGUCGCAGUAACCGCCAUCUUGGCCAAGAUCUUCUUGUUUGGCAACAAGAAGAAAACCAAGUCCCCAAUAACACUGCAGGACCCCAACACCAAAUAUCCACUUAAGUUGGUAGAUAAAGAGGAAGUUAGCCAUGACACCAGAAAAUUUCGAUUUGCCCUCCCAAGUCCAGAACACAUUUUGGGGCUACCUGUUGGUCAGCACAUCUACCUGACAGCCCGCAUUGACGGACAGCUGGUAAUCCGUCCUUACACCCCGGUCACCAGUGACGAUGACAAGGGUUACAUGGAUCUCGUCAUCAAGGUGUAUUUCAAGAAUGUCCACCCCAAGUUUCCUGAAGGAGGUAAAAUGUCCCAAUACCUGGAGAACAUGUCCAUUGGUGAUUUCAUUGAUGUGAGAGGACCUAAUGGACUGCUGGUCUACGAGGGAAAGGGUGUAUUCAAGGUUCGCCCAGACAAGAAGUCUCCCCCAGAGACGGUGACUGCCCGAAAUGUGGGGAUGAUAGCGGGAGGAACCGGCAUCACCCCCAUGCUGCAGCUAGUUAGGGAGGUCCUCAAGGACCCUGAGGACAAAACCAACCUCUUCCUGCUGUUUGCGAACCAGACUGAAGAUGACAUUCUGCUUAGAACAGAGCUAGAGGACAUUCAGGCCAUUCACCCUGACCGCUUCCAGUUGUGGUACACCAUAGAUCGACCCACAGAAGGUUGGAAGUAUAGCAAGGGUUUUGUGAGUGACGAGAUGAUCAAGCACCACCUUCCCCCGCCCAGCAGCGACACGGUGAUACUGAUGUGUGGACCCCCACCCAUGAUUAACUUUGCCUGCCAGCCCAACCUUGACAAACUUGGCUACAGUCAGAAGUCCAGAUUUGCUUACUAAGAGGACUCUUUUAAAUUAAACCUACAAUACAAAACUCAAGAUAAAGUGGAGGUACUCUGAACUGAUAGUGACUAAGAUUUAUCAAGGUGAACGUUAUAGUGAAAUGAGAAUAACUGAUAGCUUUGCGUGGAGACCAAAUGAGAUACAUGUAGGAAAAGUUCCAACAAGCACCUGCCAUGAAUGCUUGCUGCAAUACGGCCGUGUAAUCUAUGUUUUCUUGUGAUAUUAUUGUACGUGUAUGCUGUGGGCAUUGUUAUAUACAUUAUGUACUGUGUACUAGCUCUCUUCCAGUCAAUAAAUUUGUUUCUACUCUUA